AUGCCCUUUCGAUAUGCCUGCUUGUCUUAUGUCUGGGGUACGGGCAGCGAGACGCAAUACAAGACCACAACAAGAGACGAUCUUGAGUUGCCGAAUGCGCUACAUGAGUCAAAGGCCGAUCUCCCUCAGACUAUUAAGGACGCUAUCAAAGUCACGAAAGAGUGCGGUUUGCGGUAUUUAUGGGUAGAUGCAUUUUGUAUACUCCAGGAUGAUCCAGAAGACAAGAAGAAGCUUAUAUCGAAAAUGGGCUUCAUCUACGGCGGCGGGACGUUGACCAUCGUUGCUUCAACAAACGCCAAUCCCCACGAGGGCCUACCUGGUAUGGGUACUGUUCAGCGUCCCAUUUCUCAGAGCAUCGCAAAAGUUCAGGGGCUGGCCCUGGCUGUCGCACUUCACGAUCCACGCCAGCCGAUAUCUGACAUUGAGAGUUCGGUGUGGAAUUCGCGAGCGUGGACUUUCCAGGAGCGCGCCUUAUCAAGGCGGUCCGUAUACUUCACCGGUUCGCAGAUGGCUUUCAAGUGCGUUCACGGAGCAGUAAUGCUAGAGGAAAAUGUCCCUAUCGUGGACGCUUCGUUUCGAUACUCGGCUAUCGAGGAUCAAGAAAUGUCAGACCUGAUGGCCCUGGUACUUUGUCAUCAAUCGAUGUGUCGAUGGCCGAACAAGGGCCUUGCAAUUCGGGGCGCGGAUUCGGUAACGAUGAUGAGCGAGGAAAUUGACUUGGAUAAGUUGGAGCCUGAGGAGCGAAGAGCGAGAGCACCUGUCUUCAACAUCAAGAUAGAUGCGCCCCGGAAUUUCAUGGACUCGCUUGGCAACACCGAGGGAUCGACGCCGUGGGAUAUGUACCGUCGUGCCGUGGAUGACUACACCAAGCGGUACCUGAGUUGGGAGUCCGAUGUCGUUGCUGCAUUUACUGGUGUGGAACACAUCUUGCGACGAGGUUUUAACACAAAGUUUUGGUUCGGAUUGCCUGAGUUUGCGAUUGAAGAGGCUCUGAUGUGGCAUGCUGAAGGGCCUCUUGAACGGCGAUCUGCGGAAGGCCAUGCGCUAUUCCCAAGUUGGUCAUGGGCAGCAUGGAAAGGUCAUGUCAAGUACCGCGGAAGAGGGUGGAAGAACUCUGCGAGCUGGAACCCAGUGCCUGUGAUACGUUGGCUCAUCAAGAGAGAGCCGCAAUGGCUGAUUGACAGAGUCAUGAAGCGUGAAGAUCUAACGGACUCGGAAAAGGAGACGCUUGUGCAGCAGGCAGUCGAAGUGGAGAUCAUCCAUGGUGAAUUGCCCUUUGCCUCUACACGACAUUUGCACAAUAUGGACGAAGAUGACUGGGUCAUUGAGCACGAUGAGUUGCGCAAUCUUCACAUCUACACUCACAGCGCCUACCAGGGCAUCAGAUUUAAUUACCCAGUCAACUUGCCCGAGCAAGAUAUCCACGACCGACCAGACGAGAACGGCGUGAUCGUCUUUUUGGCUCACGUGGUCCCGGUCAUCUCCUGCGAUAUGGAAGACACGCCUUCUAAGAUGAGGCUUGAAGAUCGUUUUCUACAGAUCGGCACUAAUGACGAGUCCCGAUCUUCAAAUUACCGUCCACCGUGGCAACGCAUCGUCUACCACCAAGGAUACCGCGCAGGGUUCCUCACUCUGAACACCGACAACCUCCCGAACGAAGAUGAUGGCUGCAAGUACCAUCUAGCUGCUAUUUUACGCGGAAGUCUGCCCUGGACGCCACCACCUCCCAGCGGAUGGGAUAAUUAUUGGAGCCUGGAUCCCCGUACUAUUCAGAGCUACCUCUCCAAUGAAGAGUGGCGUCCCGGUGAAAGUGUAUCAAAGGUGCCGGAUGAGAUAGUAGAGCCGGAUUCAGGGCGGCAAAUUGAGGAUGGGGAUCCACACUGGGAUGGUAGGAGGUUCGGCGUAGGUUCUUUCGAUGUCUACGAAGUUCUCUUUUUGAGGACACGGAAUGGGGUAUCGCAAAGAAUGGGCGGCGGAAAAGUGAAUGUCUGCGCCUUUGCUGCAGCUGGUCCCGAACCGAUGAAAGUACAGCUUGCAUAG